AUGAACGAGAUAUACGAAAAGUUGGCCGCCGCAGGGCAGCUCGCGACGUGCUGCGGGGAGGCGGCGCUCGAGUUCGACAACAGCGCCCGUGUCUGCGACAUAUACGAGGUUUGGGUGCACAAUGACAGCGGCGACGUCGUGCCGCGCCUCGGCCAGGUUGAUGCCUCCGCCGUGCCUGGUUGGCUGCGCGACAGUCACGCAGGCAACCCGGGUCACACGCUGCUUCUGCGGCUCGUGCUCGUCACCAUCCGGACGGCCGGCACGGCGAGGAAGCUGGUUGGCAUCGCGAAAGACACCCACCGCCAGCUGACCAAGGCUUUCGGGCUGGAGCUGGCCCACGAGUUUCUUAAAGGCACCGUCACGAGCGUCACGGCGUUUCCCGCCGUCGCCGUCGCGCCCGCCGGUGCCGAGCGCUACUGUUAUGCCUUUAACCACGCCCCCAAGCUGGCGGCCAUCUGGUCCCAGCUGCGCCCUGCCACCGCGGAGGGAUGCGCCAAGCAGGCCGCCGCGACCGAGGGCAUUAUAUACAUCACAGACGGUGCUGGCGGCGACCCCGCCCAGAAGCGCGCGGCGACGCCCGCCACGGCGAGCUUCGCGCCGGGCGACGUGCUCCGACGCCUGCUGCAGUCGCCGUUUUGCGCCGACGUGUACGCGAGCAGCAUGGCGCCGGCGCUGCUCCUCGCCAUGCAGCUCGGCUUCGAGACGGACCUGGCGCAGAGCCGCAUCAAGGUGGCCAUCCGCGCCAUCGAGGCCGCGACGGGCUACCACACCUUCAAGAGCCGCGUGGCCGCCUCGUCCACGCACGCCCGCCUCAGCCAGCUGGCCGUCCGGGCCAGCGGAUCCGCCACCAAGCUGGCCAGCGUCGACCGCAAGAGCACCUCGAUGCAAAAGGUGCUGCGCUUCGUCGUCAAGGAGCUGGAUAGGGAGGCGGUUGGUCCGGCGGACACGGCGGCGCAGCGGCUCCUCCGCCACCAUGUCGGCGUGCUCGAGGAGAGGCUGGAGAUGCAGAUGCUGGAUACCAGGUAUACCAUGAAGCGCGUGGAUAUUCAAAUCAAUGCUGCGCAGAUCUUCAACAUGAUGACGCAAGAGGACGCCUUGAACGGCAUCGAGCUGGCCCAGUCUACCCACCUGAUUGCGCACGCGAGCUACCGCGACUCGUCCUCGAUGAAGACGCUCGCCAUUGUCACCAUGUUUUUCCUGCCCGGCAGCUUCGUAUCGGCCAUGUUCUCCAUGCCCAUGUAUGAAUGGGCCAAGGCGGACCCCGAGUCCCCGUUCAUCGGCGUCGGCCUCCUGCCCCAGUUCCGCCUCUACUGGGUCAUCACGCUGCCGCUGACCACGGUCAUCUUUGGAUUCUAUCUGUGGUGGCUGUGGCAUCUCAAGCGCCAGAGAGACGCCGAGUUUGAUUCCGUAUCCCGCAAGAGCGCCGACAGCAGCGACGGCGAGGAGGGGGAUGACGUUGUCGAGGAGCGCCGCCUGGCGAGAAAGAGACGACAAACUACGCUUAUGCUUGCUAUUAUUUUCUUGUCUGUUUGUGGAGGACUCGCUUCCGAAUUCCACUACUCGAGUAGGCUUUGCGCUCCCGCACCUUUGCGACAGCCCGCCAUGGCAGUGGCAGCCCCUGCCCCGCGCAUCCCCGUCCCCGCGCAGCUCGGCUUCCUCGCCAUCUACAACCCGUCUCUGGGCACAUCCGACGACACAAUCGACGACCAGAUUGUCUACUAUGCCUCGGUCACGUCACAGUCCGUCGCCCCGGCCAAGCGACGCCGCGCGCGCACCCGGGGCCGCCCGACCGACGGCAUCUCCCCCGAGGAGCGCAACGAGCGCCUGCGCCAGAUUGGCCUGGCCCAGGGCAUGGUCAGCUUCAGCCAGGGCUUCACCGACGGCGAACCCGUGGAUGCCAUCGAGACAGAGACGACCAGGGUCGUUGUGCGUGAGCUCGAGUCUGGAUGGUGGAUCUUGGCGAGCAUUGAUCUAAACAAGACGCCGUUACCGCCACGACUCCUGACGAAGAAUAGCGAGCCGCAAGAGGAAAAGUACGAUUACAAUACCAAGGAGAUGAAGCCCGCCGCGCUCAUCUUGCGGGACCUCCAGCGAGCCCAUCGUAUUUUCUUGAUGCAUCACGACGUCUCCAUGAGCUCACUAUUUUUGCGCCUACCACGACAUAAAUUCGUUGCCGUCCUCACCCGCUACUGGGAUCUGUACUUGUCAACGUGGAGUGUCUCUCUGCACGGAAACCCCGCCAGAGAUAUUUAUCAAGGCAUUAAUAUCGCAGCGUCGGGGGAGCUGGGUGUCGGCGUCGGCGAGGAAGAGCGUGGCAGCGGCGAGCGCGAGGUUCUGGAGGGUCUAGUCGGCAGGACCGAGGGCCUUGUGGACUUGAUGGUGUCCAAGUUUGGCGGCGAGGAUGGUGACGAAACAGACUCGAACAGUAACGCUCCUGCGCCUUGGCUGGGCAGCGGGAGGGAGCCCUCAAUAGACGACGGGGCGAUAUUCCUGGGCACGGGUGCGCUGUCCAGAAAAUCUCUAAGAGACGUGACGCACUGGAUGGAAGACCUGUAUACCUGGGGAGAACAUGCGUACGGCGUGAUUGAGAGCCCCAUUUCAACACGCAAGACUCGGACGAAGAAAACCGACUCUCGGGACGAUAUUCCCAAGACCUCCGAAGCGGACACAAAGGGCUCGAGUCGGACAAAUCCUGCACAAACGUCGACACAAAGCAAUGAACCGACGGCCAAGCAGCUGAAAGACAAAAAGUCCGAUCCUUUAACGUCCAAUCCAUCCAGUGCUACUACGGACACUGGGACGAUUGAAGAGGGCAAGGGCGUCCAAGUAGCUAAAUCACAAGUUGGUGAAGUUGAGGAUGGCAAACUGGAUAAGAUGGUGAGCUAUCUAAAACUCGGCUACGGCCAGUAUUGGACCAUACCCGGUGUCGCCAGUCUGUCUGGGUCUUCCACCGAUCAAGCUGCCGAUCCAAAAGAACGACCCAGCUCGAAAGCGGCCGAGUCCGCGCCCCCCAAAAGACCCACCCUACCGAAGCCAUCCCCAUCGCAGGAAUCCGCGGGUCACUAUCUCAUCGGCCUUAAAGGCGAGAUCGAGGAAGCGUACGGCGGCGUGGACGACGGCGGCGCGGAGGCCUCUGAUGAAUCAGACUCCGAGCGCGACUCUCGCACCGUGUUACGCACCAUCCAUGUCGAGCUAGAUAACAACGAAAGCGGCAGCGGCUUUCCCAUCCACCCGCCGCAGCAAAACCCGGCGGCAGGUGCCACCCUGACGGAAGCGCAGAUGCGCGGCUCUCUGCGUCCCGGCGCCAAUGUCCAGGAAAACAGCAACGCGGAGAAGCUGCGCGUCGUCGUGUACGUCAACCGACCGUUCCUCUUUGUCUUUCUAUUCCGUCUGCGGACCGACUCGCUCGCAUGGGACGCGCUCUACCGAUCGCUGCACUACCAGCUCGCGCCGCUGCGCCGGCCGCUCCUCACCUCGACGCGCUACCGUCCCGAGCGGCCCGACACGGGCGGCCGCGCUGCGGGCAUAUACGACCUCGUCUGGAAUCCUUUCGACCUCACCGUACACACGACGGUGCCUAACAUCCCCGAUGAUCACCUACACCCGGCUGGCGAGCCGUCGUGGUCCCGCGCCGACGCCGUCAACACGCACCUGCACGUGCUCCACGUGUACAGCAGCACGCGGUCGCCGCGCGUGACCGACUUGGAACGCACGCAAAAGACGAGUCGUGGGUGGUGGAUCGUCUGGACCCGGCUUGUGCUGCAGCAGCACCGCGAGGCUGGGUCGUCGCGGGCGGUGGCGAUGCAGACGCCGCGGGGAGGAGGGGACGGCAGCGGCGUCUUGUCGGCGCCGCCCUCGCCUCGGCUAGGGUCGGAGGCGGGUGGUGACGAGCUGGGAGGUUCGGGUUUCUUGGGCCCGGCGGUGACGAGCAAGGAAAUUGUUCUGAUACGGCGCGCGAGUGACCACGUCUCGUCGGUGAGCAGCAGCUUGAUGGGAGGUGGUGGGGUGGACUCUGUGGGAAGGUUGGCGCAGGGGAUCGGUGUUGACACGCGGAGAUAUGUAGAGGACUUGCUCAGUAUGCUGUAG